AUGACAGGACAUCACUCACAGCGGGUUCAUGACUGGAUAGCAGCAGGCUCUUGCACUGUGUUGAUAUCACACAGAGCUCCCGGCACAUCGCGUUUGUUGUUUAUAUCAUACGCAUGCGCGUGCGCGCACGUCUCACAAGAUUUUCCUUAUAUCAAUAACCUCGCGUGUGGUUGGAGGAGCGCGACAGGCUUCUCGCCUUCGUCCAAUCGCGUGCAAGGUCAUGGCCACGGCUCACACAGCAGUACAAGAGGAGCAUUAAGAGAUGUUUGGUUUGGUGUUUGUGACUCUCCAAGAAGAGAAAACGGGUGCACAAUCCCAAGAUUGCGGAGGCUGUACGGCGUCUCUGAGGCACACUGCAGGCGCUUUGAACCAGAGCAAAGACUAACGUCGCCUCAUAACGAAGCCGUGACCUCCUAUUUGGUUGGGGCUAUUUUAGCAAGUCCACAUUUAACUGCUGAGAAUGACGACAUUGUUCCUGCCUGUAAGACGUAUUAUGAGUCGGUUCGCCGGAGCUUCAGAUACAAACAACCUGAACUCGCAUCGCAGGCGGAAAAUGCGAAAAGUUUAGCUCGGAGUCGAUCCAGAAGAAAAAGGUUGCUGGAAGCGAGACGAAGUGCGCUGGCUGAGGGUGAGAUGGACAUUUGGAAGUGCGCCACCAUAGAUCUCAUGUCUGAUGAAGACGGCAUUGUUGACGGGGUGUCUGGAUGGAUUGUGCGGCCACCGCCCUCUCGCAGCCUGGAACUCUCCGAGAUCUGUGCCACGCUGCAAUUCAGAUUAUAGGCGAUACCAAAGUACAGGGGAACUCACCAUAUAUGCCUGCAAAAGCGACUUUUUUACAACGUUUUUGAGUUUUUUUUUUCUUUUUUCAACACUUGAUAACUUUGAAAAAGAUUUUCAGGGAUCUUUCCCGAAUGUCUUGGGCACUUUUUGACGUGUUUGGAGGACAACAUAAGAGACAUUAUGCUGCUUUGUACAUAGUUGUGUGUUUCUAAUUAAAGCUCUUUCUUUGAAUAAACAGCUGUGUGUUUGUAAAUAAACCUCUUUUUUUCCUUCUAUUUCUUGAUGGUGUGAAUAAUGAAGUACAUAGCACAAUGACAUUAAUAUAUAAAAAUUAACAUCACAUAAAUUAUAUAUUUAUUAUUAUUAUUGGGGUUUACAUUUAUAAUGAGCCAGGGUGCCCAAUAACCCCCCUCUUUAGAGUAACGGCC